CCAUAUCACCAAACAAAAGCAACAAAAACAAAAAAUCGCCACAAGAAAUUUGAUACAAUCCCAAUUCCCAUGAACCCUAAACCCACGAGUAACUGUUGAUUCAUGGCGGAAUUGAACACUCUGGUUGUGAGGAAGCCCUGUUUUGGUCUCCCAACUGGUUGCCCUCAAUGCCUCUCCGCUUUCAUCUACCUCAAGUUCGCUCAAGUUCCCUUCCAAUUGGAUUUCCACCUAAACAACCCUCACUCCGAUCAAAUUCCUUACUUUGAGUAUGGUGACUGUGUGGCUUAUAACAAUGAGAAAGAGGGCAUCAUUGAGUGUUUGAAGAAAGAUGUUGGGGUAGUUGAUUUAGACAGUGGGGUGUCUUCCCUUCCUGAUUGGAUAUCAACAAAAGCAGUUCUCACCACUUGGCUUGCUGAUGCACUUGCAUUUGAACUCUGGAUUGGGUGUGAAAGCUCAUCUGCUCAUAGCAUCUAUUAUUCUGAUCUUCCCUGGCCCAUGGGGAGGAUUCUCUCCCAGCAGAAAGCUCGUUCGGUAAAGCUGAAACUCGGGAUCACUGAUGACAAUGCUCAAGUGAAGAUGAAAGAGAUUUACGGGAGAGCAAGCUCUGCGUAUGAGGCCCUGUCGAAUUGUUUAGGGGAACAGAACUACUUAUUUGAGAACAGACCAUCAAGCUUGGAUGCUAUUUUUCUCGCCCAUGGACUCAUUGUUCUUCAAGCUUUACCUGAAUCUUCAAUGAUGCGGAUCAAUUUUUUGGAACACCCUAAUUUAGUUAGGUACGUGGAACAUUGCAAGACAGAAAUUAUAGAAGCUGAUACAUCUCCUUCUUCUGGCCCACACUUUCAUACGAAUGCAUCAUCAUCAGCAUCCAGAAGUCAAUCAACUAAGAGUUCAAAGCCUAAGAGCAAACCCAAAAGGGAGAAAACUAAGGAGGAGAAAAGCUAUAAAAGAAGGUCCACGUAUUUUGUGGUUGCACAGUUGGUUACAAUUGUUGUUUUCCUGACACUUAUGACUACAUAUGAUGAUGGUGUGGAGGCAGAUGAAGCUGGUUAUGACUACGAUGAAUGAAAGUUCAUCUCAAUUUGUCUCCUUUAUCCUCUUUUACAAUGCAAAUUGAAAUUUAGAAAAUUACCAUCCAUUCCAAAUUACUAAAAUAUGAUCCAUUUUUGUAUACACUAGUUGAUUGAACAUUGGAACAUGCUGCUGCUGUUUAGUUUACUGAGUUAUAGGAAAGGAACCAUGCCCUGACUCAACAUUUGGAUUUGUCGGCUUAAACAUGUUUUGGAAGGGAGAUUCAA